AUGUCUAAUAUAUUGGAAGCUGCGCUUUUUGCCACGUUUCGGCGCAGUUGGAAGCUGCGGUUUUUCCUUAAUUUAUUCUACGGGCUUCAAGCUAAUUCUAUAGUAAAUUCACUCGAAAAUUUAGAAAUGGCAGUUCGCGCGCAAUUUGAAAAUAGUAACGAUAUCGGCGUCUUUGCCCGUCUUACUAACUCUUACUGUUUAGUUGCUAUCGGCGGUUCCGAAAAUUUUUAUAGCGUCUUUGAAGGAGAAUUAGGUGAUAUAAUUCCAGUAGUACACGCUUCUAUAGCUGGUACUAGAAUCAUUGGUCGUUUAACUGCCGGACUUCUUGUUCCAAAUACGACAACUGAUCAAGAACUUGAUCACCUACGCAACUCUCUUCCCGAUUCCGUCAAAAUACAACGUGUAGAAGAGAGGUUAUCUGCCCUAGGGAAC